GGCUCAGGGGAGGCGCUCGGCGACAGGAGCAGGAAGUGAUGAGGUGGGGAGCUCAGCCGAGGGCUGCACAAAGACCUUCCUGGCCUGCCCCAGACAGAGCUGAGGACCCCUGGCCGUGGGCUUGGUAAGUGCCUGGGCAGAUCCCCAAGUGCCUUGGUCCCCAAGUGCCCUCCUGGGGGGCAGCUGGGGUCUGGGAGGCCUUGGGAUGUGGCUGCAGCUGGGUCAGUCGGCCAGGCUGAAGCCCAUUCCCUGGGUCUGAGCAGACUGGCCCCAAACUCCACAGACCACCCCUCACCCCCCAGCUUCUGCCUCUGCUGCUGGACUGUGCUGUUUGUAAGGCAUCCCCCACCCACAGAAGUUCUGCUAAGAGCCCCAAGAAGGGGACAGAUCCUCUGGCAGAGACACUGGCAGACAAGAAGAGCCAGAGAGAAGUGGGGUGGGGGCAUCAGCAACCCCAGCAGCUGCUGCUGCUGCCUGCUGACCCAGCCUCCAGCUCCUCCGGGUGCAGGGUCCCUCCUGCUGACCAGCCUCCAGCUCUUCCCAGUUCUGGGCUCCGCAGCGAGCGGCUUGGGGGCACUACCUGACACAGGAGACCAUAUCUGGGCAGAGGGUGGCUGCAGGUGGAGUCUGUGGCCUGUGGCGCACACCCAGGGGCUCCCCCGAUGCUGGUUACUAUCUGGGCUAUGGUGGCCACAGCUGUCCUGCCCCUCCUCGCGGCCGUGCUGGGCGUUACCAUGGUGACACGGAGGGGCCAGGCAGAGCAGCCCUAGCUCACCUCACUGGGAGCCCCCACCAGAAGGUGGGCACCUCUGGGAGGGAGGGACUGCCAGGCCUUGGGGCUUCCUGUGCUGAGUCAGAGCCGGAACGGGAGACGCAGGAGCCCCGCAGCCGCGGGAGGUGCAGAUUUGGGGCUGCCAGGUGGCGCAGGUCCCCUUGGCCAGCCCCCAGUGCCCCUUUCUUCUGCCCCCAGGGCCUCGGCUUCACAGGAUGGGGCUGCCAGUGUCCUGGGCCCCUCCUGCCCUCUGGGUUCUAGGGUGCUGCGCCCUGCUCCUCUGGCUGUGGGCGCUGUGCACAGCCUGCCGCAGGCCUGAGGACGCUGUAUCCCCCAGGAAGAGGGCGCGGAGGCAGCGGGCGAGGCUGCAGGGCAGUGCGACGGCAGCGGAAGCGCAAGUCGGACACCAGACUGCACGAGCUGCACCGGGGCCCGCGCGGCAGCAGGGCCCUGCGGCCUGCCAGCAUGGAUCUCCUGCGCCCACACCGGCUGGAGGUGUCCAGGGACAUCACCGGACCGCAGGCAGCCCCCUCUGCCUUCCCACACCAGAAGCUGCCCUGGGCUCUGCCGGCAGCUGCAGCCACCGCAGGGUGCGCUGGCCUCGACGCCACCUAUUCCAACGUGAGGCUGGCGGCCCUUCCGGGGGUCAGCCUGGCGGCCAGCCCUGUGGUGGCUGAGUAUGCCCGCGUCCAGAAGUGCAAAGGGACCCAUCGCAGUCCCCAAGAGCCACAGCAGGGGAAGGCUGAGGUGACCCCGGCCGC